GUCCACCCGCCAGUACCUGCUCGGCGCUGCAGUCGGACGCGUCGACCAACCUGUUUUUAAAUUCCGAAUACCGACCGUUGCGGUCGAAUUGAGUUGGCUAUUUUAAAAUAGUACAAUGCAGUGCGUGUUCAUUUGAGUUUAUUUAAAUAAAGAAUUGUUUUGGUGCGAAGAUAAGGACCGAGGAAAAUAUAAUAAGCAACUGUAAAAUAUUAUGAUAAAAAAACAAUAUUUAGUGUGCUCCGGUUAAAUUCAGUCUAAAACAAAUAAUCGUCAAGUGAUUUAGUGACAUUGAUUUGUGUUUAAAGAAUUAACUAAUUGUUUCUUGUGUUAAUAUUAAUAGAAACGAAAAAAGAAGUUUGCACUUCGGUUCUGUGUGUGUUCAAGCAGAAUUCGAAUAUAACCGUCAGUUAUAUUUAAUUGGAGCAAAAGUAAACAGGAUGGCCGCGACAAGUGUGUCGACCCCGAUAAAUAGAAUAACGCGAGAUAAUCUGACAGUGUUGAUAAGGAACAACAUAUUGGAUGACUCCGUGGAGUUUAUGUCCGAUAAUGAUAUGAUGGAAACUGAUUCUCCAGUACGCAGCAAAAAUCUGCAGCCAGUAAGCAAAAAGCUCUUCCACUCCCCGAUGCAAAACACAGAAGUUGAAGUCCAAACUACCAGGAGUCCAGAAAACCGGAGAAGAAACAGAAAGAGGAAACAGCUCCUUAUCCCUGACGGGAGUGAGAGGUUUAAGAAGGCGUACAUACAGUGCGAAGAGGGGUAUAGCGAGAAUAUGGGGGGGAUGAGAAAGAAAGUGUUGAUCAGCCUGUUUCAUAAUAAGGAGUAUUCUAUGGAUGUUGGAAUUUAGAUGUCAGAUUUAGUAAUAUAUGUUUAAGAAGAUAUUCGGUUGAUGAACUGGCCAAACUAGGCAAGACAUGUUGCUAAUUUUAACUUGAUGUUAAGCCAUCAAGCCUUCGAGCAACACCGGCUUCCGACACGUCAGAAGGGAGGAGCCUAAGCGAUAUCUGACCGAACAAAUCUUUCUGCCAUUUUUUGCGGGGGGAAACGUGCACACGGUCGCACUUCUCACUCACUACCAGAGAUCGGACAAAUUUGCGUCAUUGCUCGCAAUAAUGUGGACAUGACUCCAAAAUUAAACAAAUAUGUAAUCAUUUAAUUAAUUUCUUACUUGACUUAAAUUUUAAUUCCUAGUCAAUAAAUACAAAAGUUUGUUAAAGUAUAGAUUUAUUAACGAAAAUAAUCAGUAUUUUUUCCAAAAUUUCUGCAGUCAGUCUAUUUCUUUUUACAUCAAAAAUAUACUUAAGUGCUGAAAAACUUCGCUCGCACUCCACUGAUGUUAAUGGGGCAAACUUAAGUAGUUUUAUAUAUAUUUUCUGUUAUUUGUUUAGUUUAUCCCGAUUUUGAGGUUAUCGCCCACAACUUAGAACAGAAAAUAAACUCUGAAUUAUACUGGAAUAAUAAUAUUCCUAUAAAACUACUUAAGUUUGCCCCAUUAACAUCAGUGGAGUGCGAGCGGAGUUUUUCAGCACUUAAGUAUAUUUUUGAUGUAAAAAGAAAUAGACUGACUUGACUGCAGAAAAUUUGGAAAAAAUACUGAUUAUUUUCUUAAUAAAUCUAUACUUUAACAAACUUUUGUAUUUAUUGACUAGGAAUUAAAAUUUAAGUCAAGUAAGAAAUUAAUUAAAUGAUUACAUAUUUUAUUAAUUUUGGAGUCAUGUCCACAUUAUUGCGAGCAAUGACGCAAAUAUGUCCGAUCUCUGCUCACUACAUACAAAAUCCAAUCUGUAAUGACGAUACAUAGAAAAUGACACACGUCAAAGACAAAUCUUGCACACCUCGAUCUCUUUUUGUGUACGGACGAGUCACAACAUGCACCGCCAGUGGCACAGUUGUGCCACUCCUUUGGCAGAGGAUAAAUAGUAUGAAUGCCGUCUCCCUUCCCUGUGUUGCUCGAAGCAUCAAGCAUCUAAAAGUGCCAUUUGGCAACUUUAUUUCAUAUGUUUUAGCAACAGUCUAGCGACAAAAAGAAAAUUUGAAUAUUAGUGUCUUUCAAGACUUCGAUAGUUGUAAGUUUAUUUUAGUUUCUACAUAAAGUUCCUACUCAAUAAGGUUUUAUCUUAAUAUAAAAAUUCAUGGGGGCCCUGUCGGCACGGCUGAUCGACGCCACUGGAGACCAUAGGGCUGGCGCUUACCUCUCCCAGCGUAUAUCCCUGGCAAUACAGAGAGGUAACGCGGCCAGCGUUAUGGAAUCUUUGCCGCUGGCGGAGGCUUUAGAAAGGGUAUUCUUUUUUUAAUUAAUUUGUUCAUUAGUAUAUCUUUUACUUUUAGUUUUAUUUAAUAUUAGUUUAAUUUUUAAGUAGUUUUAUUUUAUGACUAGUUUAGUUUUAAUUUUAUAC